AUGCAGGUCCCCAGCCCCAGCGUGCGCGAGGCCGCCUCCAUGUACGGCACGGCGGUGGCCGUCUUCCUGGUCAUCCUGGUGGCCGCCCUGCAGGGCUCGGCGCCCCGUGAGAGCCCUUUCCCCUACCACGUCCCCCUGGACCCCGAGGGGGCCCUGGAGCUUUCCUGGAACGUCAGCUAUGAGCAGGAGACGGUCCACUUCCAGCUCCUGGUGCGCGAGCUCAAGGCCGGGGUCCUGUUUGGGAUGUCGGACCGCGGCCAGCUGGAGGACGCGGACCUCGUUGUGCUCUGGACCAACGGGAACAGGGCCUACUUUGGGGACGCCUGGAGUGACCAGAAGGGACAGAUUCACCUGGACGCCCAGCAGGACUACCAGCUGCUGCAGGCACAGAGGACCCCCCAGGGCCUGUCCCUGCUCUUUAAGAGGCCCUUCAGCACCUGUGACCCACAGGAUUACCUCAUCGAGGACGGCACCGUCCACCUGGUGUACGGGGUCCUGGAGCAGCCGUUCUCGUCGCUGGAGGCCAUCAACACCUCGGGCCUGCAGACGGGGCUGCAGAGGGUGCAGCUGCUGAAGCCCAACAUCUCCACCCCGGAGCUGCCCGCGGACGUGCUCACCAUGGAGAUCCGAGCCCCCAACGUUGUGAUCCCCGGCCAGGAGACCACCUACUGGUGCUACAUGACCGAGCUCCCCGAAGGCUUCUCCAGGCACCACAUCGUCAUGUACGAGGCCGUCAUCACCAAGGGCAACGAGGCCCUGGUGCACCACAUGGAGGUGUUCCAGUGCGCGGCCGAGUACGAGAGCUUCCCCCGCUUCAACGGGCCCUGCGACUCCAAGAUGAAGCCCAGUCGCCUCAACUACUGUCGCCACGUGCUGGCCGCCUGGGCCCUGGGGGCCAAGGCCUUUUACUACCCAAAAGAAGCUGGUCUUGCCUUCGGCGGCCCCGGGUCCUCCAGGUUCCUCCGCCUGGAAGUUCACUACCACAACCCGCUGAAGACACAAGACCGGCGGGACUCCUCGGGCAUCCGACUGUACUACACAGCCACCCUCCGGCACUUCGACGCGGGGAUCAUGGAGCUGGGCCUGGUGUACACGCCCGUGAUGGCCAUUCCCCCGCAGGAGACGGCCUUCGUCCUCACGGGCUACUGCACCGACAAGUGCACCCAGCUGGCCCUGCCUCCGUCUGGGAUCCACAUCUUCGCCUCGCAGCUCCACACGCACCUGACCGGGAGGAAGGUUGUCACCGUGCUGGCCCGGGCCGGCCGCGAGAUGACCAUCGUGAACAGGGACAACCACUACAGCCCUCACUUCCAGGAGAUCCGCAUGUUGAAGAAGGUCGUGUCCGUCCACCAGGGGGACGUGCUCAUCACUUCCUGUACAUACAACACCGAAGACAGGACGCUGGCCACCGUGGGGGGCUUCGGCAUCCGGGAGGAGAUGUGCGUCAAUUACGUGCACUACUACCCCCAGACGCAGCUGGAGCUCUGCAAGAGUGCGGUGGACCCCGGCUUCCUGCAGAAGUACUUCCACCUCAUGAACAGGUUCGGCAAUGAGGACGUCUGCACCUGCCCGCAGGCCUCUGUCCCUGAGCAGUUCGCCGCUGUCCCCUGGAACUUCUUCAAUCGGGCCGUGCUCCGGGCCCUGUACGGCUCCGCCCCCAUCUCCAUGCACUGCAACAAGUCCUCCGCCCUGCGCUUCCAGGGUGAGUGGGACCUACAACCCCUGCCAGAGAUCGUCUCCCAGCUGGAAGAACCCGCCCCUCGGUGCCCAGCCCGCCCGGCUCGGAGCCCCGCCGGCCCCACUGUGGUCAGCAUUGGUGGGGGCAAAAGUUGA